UUCAUCUCUUCAUUUUAUUUGCCAAGGUUUCUGUAUUUUCGGUUUUGUUGUCUAUAACAACUGCGAACUGUGUGAAGUGUGAAUAAGAAACAUGGAGAAAGAUAUUUCAUCAAAUUCUGUUGUUACUAAAGCAUCUGACCUUCUUUUUUCUACCGCCUUCACUGGACCGGGAAACGAAGAUGGUUUCUUCAACCUCAACCUCUCAGGGGCGGCGGAUUUCCAUUUCUCCGCUUCAUCUGGCAUAAAUCAAGGAAUUACUCCAUUUGAUAUCGGAAUUCCGCUAAUUUCGACGUCAGAUCCUGUGGCUUUCAACUUCUACGGUGACUCUCUUACGCCUCCUCGAAACAAAAAUAUGAUUGAUUGCGAUGCAGACGGAGAUCAACCACCGAAAUGCUCUAUCAGCUUCAUCAACUCCCAGAAGAUAAUACUCCCCAAACCCGAGCCAUUCGAUGAGCAACUGAUGAUGGACAAUCCCAUCGAAAUGUGCAGCUUCAGAUCAGGAAGCCUCGAUCAGACUCUGCCUCUUUGCGACUGGAGAUUUCGUCAGUUACCGGAGCUUCGUUCUAUCGAACAAGCUUCUAAUGAUCUCGGAAUUUCGAUUAGUUCUCAUAUGCAGCAAAACGAGCUCGCCAUCGUCGAAUCUUCUUCUCAGGUAAAUCUCCAGUCGUCGUCAUCAACCGACUCUUAUACACUGGAAGCUAUAGUGAGAAACUUCGCGUUACCGAACCCUAGUUCCGUCGCUUGGCUACAGGCGCCAAAGCGAAGCCCUCCGUCAUCGGCUGCAGUGCACAUGAGCACAUUGGCUAGGCAGCGACGGAAGAAGAUUGGCGACAGGACGAGGUGCCUGCAGAAGCUGAUGCCAUGGGACAAGAAGAUGAGCAUGGCGACGUUGCUGGAAGAGGCGUACAAGUACAUAGAAUUCCUGAAGGCGCAGCUUAGAGCACUGCAGACCAUGCCAUGUCAGUCGAGCAUCGAGUGGGAGGUGCUACCAGGAAAUGUCGGUUUGGAGCUAGGCGGGUUGGAGAAACUGAACCGACAACAACUGCUGCAGGUGCUGGUGAAUUCUCCCGUGGCACAGACCAUGCUGUACUCCAAAAGACAAUGUGUUUUUUCAUGGGAGCAGCUGCUUUUGCUGAAUAAAAUCACUGAGAACAAACAGCAGACGUUAUUGUUAGGUUCUUCUUCCUCUUCUCGAGAUCCUUGAAGCGGCAGUGUUUCCAAACCGAUAUGCUCUCUCUCUCUUACCUAUGUAGGAAUAGUACAAUAUGACCCAUUUGCAUCCGAGUGUGCAAUUAUGACUUCGUAGGAGCUUAUUAGUGUAACCAUAAUGGACUGCAACAGUUCAUUGGAAGUUGUAAGAAUUUGAUCUCUUUCUUCCU